AUGUUGGCUGAGGAGGAAAUUGCCCCCGUGCGGCCGCCGGCCAAGAAGGCCCCGUGGCAGAGCAUGCCCGGUGCCCCAACGCGGCCCGACUUUGCCCAGUACGGACCGAAGCUCGCGGCGCUGGCGGAGCAACGUCGCGGCCUAAUCGAGCAAAUAAAGACGUUGCAGCGCUCUGUUCAAGAGGAUGCGGUGACUCAGUCGCGCAAUGCGGAGCGAAAUGCAUUUAUGGAGGAGUUGAGUGGGAUUGAUGCCAUUCGCAAGGUUCAGCGCGACCGCCGUGCGGCGCAAGAUGCUGAAAUUGCGAAGCUACGCAAGCGCCGCGCUGAGAUCUCCGACGAGCUGCGUGCUGUUCAGGCAGAGGUCGGCGGCUUCACCACCGUUCAUGAGAUCGACCAGGCGAUUGACUAUAUGAUGCGCAAGAUGGAGAGCAGCGGCGGAGGCCUUGGCGCUGAGAGGCGCAACCAGCAGCGUCUCCAUAAGCUGGAGGACGCCAAGACGCAUCUGCAACGACUCCAGCCAUUGACGGAGGCGAUCAAGCAAAUGACAGAGCAGGAGGUAAUACUUCAGCAGGAGUACCACGCCAUUUGCGAGCAGAUCGGGAUAUUGAACAAGGAGUACGAGGAAAAGCUGCAACAGAAGCGGGCAAUGGACAAGGAGGCGCAGUCUGACGGGGCAAACCGGGCCGAUGUGUACAGGCAGUGCAACAAGCUCCGCACCCGAGUCUCGGAGAUUAUGCAUGCCAUGGACAGCCUGCGCGACGAGCGCGACAAGGUAUCUUCUGAGUGGGAUGCUUGGAACAAAGAGGCCCGCAAAAAGUACUUUGCGCAACUGGAGCAGCAGCGCGAGCAACGUCGCAAGGAGUACGAGGAGCGACGUAAUGCACACAAGAUCGAAGCGAAACGCGCGCGUGCCUCGCAACGUCAGAAUCCGUACUCCACGGAGAUCGAUGCCUGCUCUACACUCAUUCUGUAUUUGAAGCAGAAGAUGAUGAUGGCGCGACAGGAUGCGGAAGCCCGCCAGCGACGCGAGGCGGCGGCACACUUUGAUCCCAGUGUGAUGGCUCCCGCAGGCUGCGUUCUGUUGAAUGCAGGCAAAUGGGCGAACAACGUGCCGCGCAGCAAGACGGCGAGUAAACAACAGAAGCAGCCGCAAAAACCAAAGAAGGAGGCCCCCGCACCGAGCAAUGGGAAUGCUCGCUUUUUGCAGCAUCCCGAAGAGAAGAUCAGACUUUUCCAGCUGAUCAACGUCGAGCCGGAGCUGACACUGGCGACCAUUGACGACAAGAUCCAUCAUAUCGAGGCACUAAUGAGGAAAUAUGAGGCACACAUCCAGACAGGUGAGCUGGUGCUCUCUAGCGGCGACGACGAAGAGGAGGAGAUGGACAAGAUCUCUGAGACGUCCUCCAAGCAGGCCCCAGAAGCUGCAGAGACAACAGAGGAGCCUGCAACCGAGUAG